UGAGAUAUUUCUAAGAUGGAAGAAUGCUGUGCGGCAGACGUUGGCGAUAUGACUAUCAAAGGAUAAGUUGCUGUCGAACAUCACACCUAAGUUCCUAACCGUUGAAGAUGGCACCACAGUACAGCCAUCUAUGUGCAAUUUGUAAUCUGACAUAUGUUUGUAGCGAUUUGGUUCAAUAAUAAGUACCUCUGUCUUAUUGGAGUUGAGCUUAAGAAAGUUAUGUGCCAUCCAGUCACUAACAUCGCUAAUGCAGUCUUUUAGCUUAGAAAGUGUCUGUGUUUCGCUGGGAUGCGAGGAGAUGUAAAGCUGGGUAUCAUCCGCAUAGCAGUGAAAACUUAUGUUAUGUUUCCUGAUAAUGUCUCCUAGGGGUAACAUGUAUAACGAGAACAGGAUAGGACCUAAAACUGAUCCCUGCGGUACACCGUAUUUAACCAGGGAGUGAUAUGACUCUUCCUCAUUUACAUAAACAAAGUGAUAGCGAUUGGUUAGAUAUGACCUAAACCAGGCUAGCACCUGACCGCUGAUACCAACAUAGUUUUCUAGUCUAUUGAGUAAGAUUCUGUGAUCUAUUGUGUCAAAGGCUGCACUAAGGUCUAGAAAUAUAAGAAUUGAGAUUUCACCAAGAUCGGAUGUUAAUAGGAGGUCAUUUGUAACUCUAAGCAACGCUGUCUCUGUGCUAUGGUGGGGCCUGAAUCCUGAUUGGAACUUUUCAUAUGUACUAUUAUUUGUCAAGAAUGUGCGUAACUGGCUUGCCACUACCUUUUCUAAUAUUUUCGAAAGAAAAGGGAGAUUUGAGAUUGGUCUAAAGUUAUUAAGUUCUCCUUGGUCAAGCUGUGGUUUUUUAAUCAGCGGUUUAAUAACUGCUAGUUUGAAAGCUGUUGGAACGUAUCCUAUUUCUAGCGAUGAGUUAAGGUCUUUACACACCGGGACAUUUUUCGUGCGCGUUUAUCGUCGGCGUUUAACGUCUCGUGACUCAACAACGAGCGCCAAUGUGAGUGCGCACACCCACGCGUAAAGCGCGAGGCGUUUUCCAGAAAAACGCGUGGGACACGUUUUUUUGGUUUGACGCGGCGCGUUAAAAGUUGGCCGACCAAUGAGAUUAGCGCUUUUGUUCACGUGCCUCAAGCUGUUGAAGUUACAUUAAAACACGACUUGGGGGCGCUCAAGCACAAGACGGUCUUGCAAGAGCACACCUUGAUACCACGUUGAAGAGGUGAGCAGAGCAGACAAACAAGAUGCACCGAGGAAAGAUGAACGUGGAGUUGCUGGUCUCUUUGGUUUCUGAAAACAAAGAGCUGUACGACAAACGAAACAGCGACUAUAAAAACAUUGACAAGAGGGAGUUGUUAUGGAUACGAAUUGCCGAUCAAAUAGGAUUCGAUGGUGAGUUUAAUAAAUGAGCAUUAGUUUUUGGUAUCAUGUUCAUAAGCGUGUAAGUUUUAUCCAUUAACUUUUGACCAUCAUGCUUGUUUGCUAUAGUGGAUGAGGUUAAACAGAAGUGGAAAAGCUUACGUGAUACAUAUAUAAGAAAAAAACGUGAGGAUGAUUGCAAAAGUGGACAGGCCGCUAAAGAAAAGAAGCCAUGGUAGUUCAUGAAGGUGAUGGAGUUCCUCGCGACAUCAACUGAGUUUCGAAGUGUUCACAGCAAUGUUUCUGAUGUAAACAUGGGUGGAGUGGAGGUACAAAAUGAUGUGAGUGACGGUGAGGAGGCACCAGCAAGUACAUGUUCCAGCUCAUCUAUCGCCGGCACUUCAACAGGAUCAUCCAUUGCCAGCUCGCCUAGAGAAUCAUACAGCACCAGCAGGUCGAAAGUAACGAAAAGAAAACUGUCCGAGACACCAGACUUCUUGGAGAGGUACCUCCUAUCCAAGGAAUCCAGAGAAAGAGAGAAGGAGGAACGAAAAAGAGAGAAGGAGGAACGAAAAAGAGAGAAGGAGGAGCACAAAAGAGAGAAAGAGGAGCGCAGAGAUCAACGAAAAGAGCAACUAAAAGAUGACAAUUAUUUAUUUGCUCUUGGCUUGGUACUAGGGGUGGGCCGAUCCAAUACUUUGGAUCGGAUAUCGGGUCGAUCCGGACCUUUUUUGCUGGAUCGGAUAUCGGAAUAGCGGGGCCGAUCCAAAUUCGAUACUGUGCGUUACUCGUUGUUGUUACUAUCAUGCUAUAGAAAAGUCAGACUAUUAUAACCAUAAACACCACAUAAGCACCAUAAACAAACACACUAUAUUCAAAGUCUUCCUAAUAUAUUCAACAGCUUUAUGUGAAAAACAAUUGCAUAUAUGAAGAUAUUUAAGGUCACAAAAACUCUGGUUGGUCUGGUGCUCACGGAGUUAAUAAACUGGAGUAGCGGUGAAUUAAACGCGUCAUACACACACAAGACACACACAAACACAAUGACCGUAUAUAUAUUUAUGUGUGUACACACACACACACACACACAAUUCUAAAUGGAUCAAGAAAAAUACUAGAAUUGGAUCGGUAUCGUUAUCGGUCGAUACUCAGAAUUUAGGAAUCGGAAUCGGAUCGGUAAUGAAAAAAGUGGAUCGGCCCACCCCUACUUGGUACCCACACUUAGAAGGUUGUCUCCAGCACAACAGUCUUCGGUCAAACUGAAGAUACAUCAGCUGUUGCAUGAUGCUGAGUUUGGCCAGUCAUCUUCCUUAUUUUCGAAUCAGUCGCCUGUGUCGUACCAUCAGGUCACCCCUCAGACCCCAACAAACUAU